UAGCAGAAGCAGUAAGGAUCACAGAAUGGCUGCAGUGUCAGAUUUAUAUAUGCGUUUCCAUCAAAUCCACGGAGCCAACGUGAGACUGGAUGAUUCCCAGACUCAGGCCACCAGGGCCGAGAGCUUUGGCAACGGAGUUUGUUUCAGUAAAGAACCUUUGGACCCUGGCAAGAUUUUCCUUGUAGAAAUUGAAGAGAAGGAGUUAGGCUGGUGCGGUAAUGUAAGGAUUGGUUUGACAGCACACGAUCCAAGAAAUCUGGAGACUGUUCCUGAGUACUCCCUCCCUGAUCUGGUAAAUUUGGGGAGCAGUUGGAUUUUUGCAAUAACCAGAAAUCAUAAUAAGGUCACCACUGAUGAUCAACAGUCAAAUCCUGCUCCAAAAUCGCACUGUUCCAUGGAGGCUUUUCUGCAAAUUGGCAAUCAUAAGGUCCCCAAGGACAAACUGGUGGGACGGAGCAGACCAGGAAGGUACAGUCACAUCUUGGAUCAAUUGUACAAGACCAAUAUUCUUCCUGCAACUGCCAGGGGGAGUAGAGUCGGGGUCUUGUAUAUCAUUCGUGCUAAUAUGGGAGACUUGCACAUUGUCAUCAACGGCGAGGAUAUGGGUCCCUGCGCCAGAGGAAUCCCCAUAAAUCAGCCCCUUUAUGCUGUUGUGGAUGUGUUCGCUUCCACUAAAUCUGUAAGGAUUAUUCAAGUAGACUAUGGUUUUCCAUCUCUACAGACUUUGUGCCGUCAGGUUGUACAGAAACACAUAAUGCACAGACUAGCUAUUGACUGGCUAGAACUACCUGCACUGCUAAAGAAUUAUUGCAAAUAUGAAUGAGGCAGUUAUGUUGGGAAAAAGUUAGAUCUUGUAUCUUGAAGAACACAGUAAAUCAAAUGUUUUUAUGCAUAUAAUUGUGUGAGCAUCUCUGCUACAUUUUGGUCCCGUUCAUGAUUUGUUGCUAACUGUAAACCCAGGUUAGUUAAAACAGUGGAACAUGAAACAGAAGUACUUUCAAUUAUUAGCCCGUUAUGAUUUUUUAAAUGUGCAAGUCCUCAUUUCCUGUGGUAUAUUCCAUUUGAUGUUCAAAUAAACGCAAUAUUCCCUGUAUCUUUAGUCUCUCUUUCUGACUCUUCUGUUUUUUUAAAAUAUAAUAUAACAUAUUGGAUUUAAAUGAACUAGUACAUUGAAUUAUAUCGGUGUAUUUCUUUUUUUUACCUAAUCUCUACAUUAUUUCCUGUUAGUUAUUUGUGUUUCUUUGCCCACCUGUUUCAAGUUUAACAAUAUUUGUAUUGACUAUCGGAGACUUAUUGACCCCUCCAUCAGCUAUAGGUCUCAGUAAAUGAUGACACUUUUAUUCCUGCGACAUUUUGUGAUACCUUUAAUCGUAUUAAUUACAUAAUUGUUAGUGGUGAUGGCUCUCUGCAUAACUCAGUACCAAAAAUAUGUAGAAUGAACACAUCUGCUUGCUUAACAAACUACAUGCAUGGCAUAGAGGAAAUGUAAUGAAUGUUCAAUAGCUGAUUUCUAGUGUGAGAAGACAGUGGUCGAAGGAAUGAUUAGGUUGACCAAGCUUGUAUACACUAGGGUUUAGAAAAAUGAGAGGGGAUCUCAUAGAUACAUAUAAAAGUCCAUAAGGGCUUGACCCAGUGGACAUGAAAUAUGAUAUUCUGACCAGAGAUGAGGAAUUUCUUCACUUAGAGAGUAAUGAACCUGUGAAAUUUGCUACUACAGUAGGCAAUGGAGGCCAAGUUGCUGAAUGCAUUUAAGAAAGGAGCAGUAGAUUUGUAAACAUAAGUCUUCUUGGGGUAUGGGAAAGGAGCAGAUGGCAAAUCAGCCAAUAAUAUUAAAUGGCAGGGCAGGUUUGAAUGCCAGAUGCCCUACUCCUGCUCCUGUUUUCUAUGUUUCUGUAUUUAACUAGGUUGUAAUGAGUUGAGAAUUUAAUGCUGAGAUAUUAAAUUAUACCGCCUAAAAA